AUGGCAUUGCUAAAAACUUUACUUGCCCUUGCCACACCUGGGCUCAUGCCUUCUUUGGUGUGGGCCAAGCCGGUUUACUUUGACGUGAGCCUCACCUGGCAGCAAGGUGCUCCUGAUGGCAACGUGCGGGAAAUGGUAUUCAUGAACGGCCAAUUUCCCGGUCCUGAGCUGCGUCUAGACCAGGGUGAUGAUGUGGAAUUUACUGUCCACAAUAACAUGCCAUUCAACACAACCAUGCAUUUUCACGGGAUUGAACAGCACAACACUCCAUGGUCUGAUGGUGUACCCGGGCUUACCCAGACGCCCAUUCAACCUGGACAGAGCUGGACAUAUAAAUGGACAGCUACUCAGUAUGGAACCUACUGGUACCAUUCUCAUGCUCGCUCCCAGAUUAUGGAUGGUCUCUAUGGUCCGAUCUCGAUCAAACCGGCUCCCGAUGUACCUCAACCAUUCAGCUUAAUUUCAAGUAACCCUCAGGAUAUUCAAGCUAUGCAGCGAGCAGAGCAAAAUCCUCGCCUUGUUAUGCUGUCCGAUUGGGACCACUUGACCUCUGAGCAGUACCAACAGGUACAAGUGGACAGUCGUCUAAAUGUCGUAUGCAUGGACAGUAUCUUGGUCAACGGCCGUGGAGCUGUGUACUGCCCUGGGACCACGACAAUCUCGAGCCUAGAACUUCCAUACCUGAAAACUGCCAUUGCAAACGUGCCGCUGUCUGACAAAGGAUGUAUACCCAAUAUAUACGAGACUCAGGGCAACUUUCCCCCUACCGAUCCUGGCAAGAUCCCCGCAGGUCUGAACUCAGGAUGCCGACCUACCGAAGGUCUACACGAGAUUAUUGAAGUCGAUCCAGCUGAAAGCUGGGUCAGUCUGAAGUUCAUCAGUGCGGCUGCAAUGAAGGCUUUCAUUUUCUCCAUUGACGAACAUCCCAUGUACAUCUACGAAGUCGACGGCAGUUAUAUUGAACCGCUACUUGUCGAAAGUGCGCCCAUCUACAACGGUGAGCGAUAUGCCGCUAUGAUCAAGCUCGACAAGUCUCCCAAGGAUUACACCAUCCGAAUCCCCGGCAACCAAGGCGACCAGAUUAUCUCCGGCUUUGCUACGCUACGAUAUAAGGGUUCCCAAAAUACCACACCGUCUGAUGCUUACGUGGACUACGGUGGUAGAAACACCUCUGCUUCUGUCGUACCUUUGGAUCCGAAAGACAUAAAGCCCUAUCCUGCCGUCACCAUUCCCAAGUAUGCCGAUCAGCUGAUAAAUCUUACCCUUGGCCGCUGGGGUGCGUCCUAUAAGUGGACAUCCUCUGGCGGUGGGCUGUACGACAUGAUGGCUAAUUGGGAUGACCCGAUCCUCUACGACCUGGAUGCCACGAACAAUUUAGAGGAACAGGUCGUCAUUAAGACCAUAAACGGAACCUGGGUCGAUGUUCUGCUGCAGCUCGGUGACAUGCCCGACACACCAGCGAUCCAAGCUCCUCACGUUAUGCACAAGCACUCCAGUAAGGCUUACAUCCUGGGCGUUGGCCCGGGGAUAUUCAACUGGACUAGCACCGAAGAGGCCGCUGCCGAGCGCCCUGACCUUUUCCACAUGGAAAACCCUCAAAUGAGAGAUACUUUCCUUGCGCAAGGACCUGCUGGUCCAACUUGGAUGAUGCUGCGAUAUCAGGUGGUCAAUCCGGGGCCAUUCCUGUUCCACUGCCACAUCGAAACUCACAUGGCUAACGGAAUGGCGGUUGCUAUCCUGGAUGGCAUUGAUGAGUGGCCUCAGGCACCUCCAGGGGCCUACAACGGGUAUCAGGGCCAAACUAGUGAGCAGGCACAACCAGGCCCCUACGGUCAAUAUGGGCAUACAGAUUCCCAAGGGCAAGAGUCCGGAUCUUCUGACCCUAACGACUAUCCAAAUGACACGGGGGUGGAUAACGCAAAUGGAUGGUCCCGAAAGCCUAUUGUGACUAACAAAGACCAAAAGGGCUCCUCAAGCUACGAUGAAGACGAGGACACCAUAGGCACUUGGAAUCAAGAUUUCCCUGAAGACGAACUGGAAAUAGUGCAAUCACAGGAGCAUGAGAACCCACAGGCUUGUCAGGGAUACCAACGGAAGGAGUGA